AUGGGCUGUUCGAUUUUGUUCCUCUACGUACUCACCGUCCUCGCCGUCCUCCUCAGCGCCCAUGCGCACGAGGAACAACCACAAAAGUGUAGCAAACUGCUGAUACGCAAAGAAUGGCGGACGUUGACGAACAGCGAGAAAGCCGAGUGGGUGGGAGCUGUCAAAUGCCUGGCAAACAUACGACACGAACGGCUAUCCUUGACGAAGGACCAGACGGUGCUUGAGGGGAAGAGGAGCCUAUACGACGACUUCUCUUACUCACACGCAUCAGUGGAGCACAGCGCGCAUAGGAAUGCCUACUUCUUGCCGUGGCAUCGCUGGUUCACCUACCUAUUCGACACCUCACUCCGCCACACUUGCGGGUACAGUGGGCCAACACCAUACUGGGACUGGUCGCGCGAUCACGCGGACCUGUUCAACUCGCCAGUAUUCGAGGAUUCACCGGAGUACGGGCUAGGUGGAACGGGGGACUGCGAUUCCUCCCCCGAGGCAGACUGUACCGUCACCACCGGCGCUUUUGCCCCGUCGACCGGCAACUUCAAGCUUUCCUGGCCGAUCAAACACCCGCUGCGGAGGAAUCUAACGCUCAUAACCGGCUGGUACCCGCAUGAGCUGCCUCAAAAUCGCACCCUCGGCCCAGAUUUCGUCCGUAACUCAACCGAGCAAACCACGGGCGACUUUUUUAGGUUCCAGCGCGCAAUGACACUAAUGCACAACCACGUACAUAAUUUCGUUGGGGGCGAUUUGGCCGGAGACUGCCCGAAGACCCUGCCGGAGGAGGAUUGCCAGGGCAUAGCAGUCAGCUUCACGCCUAAUGACCCACUAUUUUGGCUGCAUCAUACGCAACUUGACCGGUUGUGGAGUGAGUGGCAGCGCCAUCAUCCAUCCAAUUUCGCCGCCUUUUCGGGCAUGCCUCUAACCCCGCACAAUAUGACUGACCCACGCUACGACCUUGACGCGCACGCAGAUCAUAAGAUGUCCUUCGACGUUCAGAGUGUGCCCGUGGCACCAAGGAAGGUGUUUGAUACGGAGGGUUGGCCGUUGUGUUACCGGUAUACAGACGAGGAGUGA